AUGGGUAAAACGGGGGAAAUCCUGCCCAGCUCUGCAGAAUUCAAGACCGUCUCUGUGUCUCGAGCUGCCGUCUUGUUCUACCGGGCCUGGCUCCUUGUGCUUACUACCUUAUCCCCAACAAUCUGCUCCCUGACCCCCAGUCGGACAGCAGUGGGAGCAGGAGGCACCGGUCUCAACUCCGUCACGCCGCCCCCAAGCAACAGCACAAAUCCUAGCCCCCAGAGCGGCAGCAGUCACUCGGCUAUCGGCUUGCAAAGCCUGAAUCCCAGUACGGGAAGCACAGUGCUAGGGGUGAACGCCGGGUUAAACCCAGCGCUAAUGGCCACCAACCCACUGGCCACCAUUCAAGCAUUGGCCAGUGGUGGAAGCCUGCCAAUUACCAGCCUUGAUGUCAGUGGUAACUUGGUCCUGGGUACCACAGUGGGCACAGCCGGAAGCCAGAGCAUCGUGACCUCUCCGCUCUUCCUCAACCACGCAGGCCUACCCUUGCUGAGUGCUGCCCCGGGAGGAGUGGGGCUGGUGUCGGCAGCGGCUGCCGUGGCCGCUUCCAUGCCCAGCAAGUCCCCCACCUUGACCUCCUCCUCUUCCUCCUCCUCCUCUUCCUCCUCCUGUUCUUCAUGCAGCUCCUCCAGCGACCUGGCGCAGACUCUGGGGCAGGCUGGUCCCGGAUCCACCGAGCCGGACGCCAAGACGGAAUGAGGGCCCGAGGAGCUUCCCUCUCUCUGCCUUUCCCGACGCGGUGGCGGGCCAAAGGAGCGGACAUACAAGCCGACGAGUGAAACCAAAAAGAAAGAAAGAAACCAAACCAAACGAAGAAAUUGUCAGCAACAGCCAAACAAAAAACCAACCAAAAAAUAAUAAUAACCCAAAGCAACCAAACAAGCAAAGCAAAAAGGAACAAAGGAAGAAACCAAAAAGAAUUCCCCAAGCUUUUGGCGUCCAUUUGUUUUUUCCUCCCCCUUCCCCCUGAUGUUAAGAACAAAACACCUUCCAAAAGGUGGCUUUAUCAGUGGUUUCGUUUAAUAAUUUUUUCCCAUUAUUUCUCUCCCCUCCCCCCCUUCAAUCUGCUAGUUUCCUGGACAGUUUCAGGAAGGAAACAAACGGGGAUUGUUUUGUUUUGUUU